AUGGCCUCCAUCGACAUUCUCUCUAACCAUAGGGUUCACCUCCCUAAACCCUGCAUCCAACUCAGAAGAUCACACCCAGUCUCUUGCCCCAUUCUGAUUCACCCAAAAACUUCGAAUUUCACUCGAAAAAAUCCAAUUCAUUCGAGAUUUCUUCUUGGUUCGUUCACAGUCUUUUGCAAGAAAAAAUCGGAGUCCUCGUCACAGGUCGGUGAGGCUAGCGCAACCACCAAAGAUGAUUUUGUAACCCGGGUUUUGAAGGAUAACCCAAGCCAGGUUGAGCCCAAGUACCGAAUUGGCAAAAAGUUUUACACUUUAAAAGAAAAGGAGGAUUUGAGCAGGAAUUCCCAAUUGAAUUUUAUUGAAUUAUUGUCGAAAAGGUUGAAUUUGAAGCCGAAGUCUAAGAAAGAGAGUGAGGAAGGUCGAAAUGAGACUGGAGUAGGUGAUAAGGCUGUGUAUUUGAAAGAUAUUCUGAGGGAGCAUAGAGGCAAGCUCUAUGUGCCCGAGCAAAUGUUUGGGACUGCAUUGUCAGAGGAGGAGAUGUUCGAUAGGGAUUUGGAGUUGUUGCCAAGAAUGAGCUUCGAGAAUUUUCAGAAAGCGAUGAGGAGUGAUAAAGUUAAGUCGUUGACUUCAAAGGAGGAUACCGGUAUGCCAUAUGGUAACCGUUACAGGAAUUUCAUUGUGGAGUUGAAAGAAAUAGCGGGAGACAAGAGCUUGCAUAGAACUAAAUGGGUUAUGAGGUUGGAUGAGAAUGAAAGUGCAGCUCUUUUGGAGGAGUACACCGGUCCGCUAUAUGAAACUGAGAGGCACACUACGUAUUUGAUGGGAAAAGUACCAGAGUACCCUCAUCCAGUGGCAUCUUCUGUGUCUAGCAGAAUAAUGGUAGAGCUUGGAAUGUUGACAGUGGCGAUAGCUGUUGUAGCAGCUGUUAUUGGGGGGUUUCUGGCUUCUGCUGUGUUUGCUGUUACCAGUUUCAUCUUUGCAGCAACCGUAUUUGUUGUAUGGCCUAUUGUCAGACCAUUUCUGAAGAUUUUUCUUGGUCUCUUAUUGGGAAUUUUGGAGAGAGUUUGGGAUAAUGUUAUUGAUCUUUUCAGUGAUGGAGGGGUUUUCUCCAAGAUCUCUGAAUUUUACACUUUUGGCGGUGUGUCUGCUAGCCUCGAGAUGUUAAAACCAAUUAUGAUGGUCCUUUUGACUAUGGUCCUUCUUGUCCGUUUCACACUUUCAAGAAGACCUAAGAACUUCAGGAAGUGGGAUCUGUGGCAAGGGAUUGAUUUUUCACGAUCUAAAGCGGAAGCUCGAGUUGAUGGUUCAACUGGAGUUAAGUUUAGUGAUGUGGCAGGGAUAGAUGAGGCCGUAGAGGAACUCCAAGAGUUGGUGAGGUACUUGAAGAACCCAGAACUGUUUGAUAAGAUGGGGAUAAAACCUCCGCAUGGAGUUCUUUUGGAGGGCCCCCCUGGAUGUGGCAAGACCCUUGUUGCUAAGGCCAUAGCUGGUGAAGCUGGCGUUCCGUUUUACCAAAUGGCUGGAUCUGAAUUUGUAGAAGUUUUAGUUGGUGUUGGUUCUGCUCGUAUUAGGGAUCUAUUUAUGCGAGCCAAGGUAAAUAAACCAUCGGUUAUAUUCAUUGAUGAAAUUGAUGCAUUGGCAACUAGGCGUCAAGGAAUUUUCAAGGAAUCUACAGACUACCUCUAUAAUGCGGCCACUCAAGAGAGGGAAACUACAUUGAACCAACUCUUGAUAGAGCUUGAUGGGUUUGAUACUGGUAAAGGUGUUAUAUUUUUAGCUGCUACAAAUCGUAGGGAUUUGUUAGAUCCUGCACUUCUUCGACCUGGCCGUUUUGAUCGCAAGAUAAGAAUCCGCCCUCCUAAUUCUAAAGGGAGAUUGGAUAUUCUGAAAAUUCAUGCAAGCAAAGUGAAAAUGUCAGAGACUGUAGAUUUAUCCAUCUGUGCACAGAACCUGCCUGGAUGGACGGGAGCAAGGUUGGCUCAGCUGGUCCAAGAGGCUGCUCUCGUGGCAGUCAGGAAAGGGCAUCAGUCAAUUCUUCAGUCAGACGUGGAUGAUGCAGUUGAUAGACUUACGGUAGGACCCAAACGUGUUGGAAUAGAGUUAGGUCAUCAGGGACAAUGUCGUAGGGCUACUACUGAAGUGGGAGUCGCAAUGACAUCUCAUCUGCUGAGACGAUAUGAUAAUGCAAAAGUUGAAUUCUGUGAUCGCAUUUCAAUUGUCCCUCGUGGUCAGACAUUAUCUCAACUUGUAUUUCAUCGACUUGACGACGAAUCGUACAUAUUUGAACGCCAGCCUCAACUGCUGCAUCGCCUUCAGGUUUUACUUGGAGGGAGGGCUGCUGAAGAGGUCAUCUAUGGACGGGACACAUCGAGGGCAUCAGUUAGCUACCUUGCAGAUGCAUCUUGGCUUGCUCGUAAAAUUUUAACUAUAUGGAACUUGGAGAAUCCAAUGGUCAUACAUGGGGAACCACCACCUUGGAAAAAGAGUGUCAAAUUUGUAGGACCCAGGCUGGACUUUGAAGGAUCACUUUAUGAUGACUAUGGUCUGAUUGAACCCCCAGUCAACUUCAAUUUAGAUGAUCAAAUUGCACAGAGAACAGAAGAGCUGAUAAGGAACAUGUAUGAAAGGACGGUUUCUUUGCUUAGGAGGCACCAUGCAGCUUUGCUCAAAGCUGUGAAGGUUCUUCUCGAGCAGAAAGAAAUAAGUGGGGAAGAACUUGAUUUCAUCUUGAGCAAAUACCCUCCACAAACGCCUAUAAGUAAUCUUUUGGAGGAGGAAAAUCCUGGAAGCCUUCCAUUCGUCAAGCAAGAACGAAAGCUCGAGUUAGAGUAUGCCGCCCGGCUAACCACAUCACAAGGAGAAACCUAGUCAACGAGACACAAGGUGUAGUUUCAUGCUUGGUAUAGACUGAGAUACAGGUGCAGUUCUAUAUAUAAUAUCAGCUAGAUGGCCUUCCUACUUCCUCAGUCAGAGCAUGCAACAAAGGCUACAUUGGCAUCCUUCCCCAGCACACCCCCAAGAAAGAGAUGCAAUUUUGGCACAUAUAGUAGUAAUAUGGAUGUUUAGAUUGAAUGUCAUCAGUAUCUUAAGAGCUGUUAAAACUAUUUCUUGGAAUGUAAUUCAGAAUUACCCAACUUCUUCUCCCCUAAUUUAACUAGAAAUUCAAUUUAUUUAA